CCUAGGCCGGCUGGACCACGGCGGAUCCGCGACCUACCCGCGCACAUGGCCGUCAGGCCGGCGCCUUGGAUUCUAGCACGCCGGGGGGGAACAAAACCACAUGCUCGCUCCAUCGUGCUACCUCGAGAGCCCCCCACAGGCCAUGGACACCUCUCCACCGCGCGGCAGCCCCGGAUCAGUGACGUCCUCGCCCUGCUAGUCGGCCAGGCCACCAAUAAAAACGCUGCAGGAGCCGCCCGAAUCUCAAAGCCAAGCCUGCUCCGCUCGUGCGCCACCACGCAGUGCGCAGCGAAACAUGGAUCCCAUGUCCAGCGGCGGCAUGUUUUCUGGACGCCAACUUUUUUUCCGUGCUACUGCUCGGUGAUGGCGAUGGAUGCGGUGGCGUGCGGGCGGGCGCGCUUGGUCGUCCACGCACGUCCUGGAUUUGGGGGGCGAGAUCGCUUUGACCCUUGAGACGCGGUCAUGCCGCCGUCCUUGCGUCGCCGCGUCGCCGUGCGCGCGCGUAGGGCGGGGACGGUGCACGGUGUGCCGUUGUGCGCCGUGCGUUGCACAGUGUCGCCCAAUCAUGAUCCUCAGCUCCAGGCUUUUCCGUCUACCUGGCUCCCCUUUCCGCCGCAGAGCAGACGUAAAGUCACCCGUCACCGCACGCUAUCGCCAUCGCUCCAUGCCUUCCAGCUAUCUCGUGCCGUACGGCUUCGCGAUCUCUUCUUUAUUCGCGUUCCGGCCAGGCGUCUCCAAGUUCAAGGUCCACCAAGCUUGACUCCUCAGCUUCCCAGUCCGGUUCUUCUUGCAGUGCCCGUUCUUUGUGCCUGUGCUGUGCCACCGCAUUGCAGGCCUUGCAGCUCUCAGAGAUGAGGAGAUCGUCUCAGGGGAUGAUGAGCCUAAGCUACGAUGCGGGCAGCGGGAGGGGGCUGCUGGCCUGCUACGUCAAGCCGGCGAAGCCGAGGCCGUCCAAGUGGGACGACGCGCAGCGGUGGCUAGUGUCCUCAUCCCGUGCGAACGACGACGACCGGCGCCGGAGCUCUUGCGCGGACGACCGCCUCCUGCUGCCGUCGGCGUCGCAGAAGGGGCGGCACUCGUGGAGCGCCACGGACGGCGCCGCCCUGCCCGCGGCGCUAAGGCUCGCCGCGCGGGACGACGACGGGGAUGCAGAGGCGGAGGCCGAGGCCGAGGCCGAGUCCGAGACCAAGAGGGUGGACUCCGUUCUGGCGUACGGGCAGCCGCCGCGGUGCCUCUCGCUGCGGGACAUCGGCACGGAGAUGACGCCGGUCGGGAGCAAGGAGCCGUCCAGGGCCAACACCCCACGCGCUACCCUACCGGCACCGGCGCCGUCCACGCCGGGGCGCGCGAUCCGCGCACCGCGGCGCCGACCCGAUUCUUCGAAGCACGGCGGAUCGCCACCGGGCCUAGCGGCAGCAGACCGCGGCGCAGGCUUCGAGUGCGCCGACGCACAGGAGCGCAAGGAAUCGACGCCCGGUGCGCGGACGACGCCGGUCGUGUCGCCCGCGGCGGCGUGGGACGCCGCCGAGCGCGCCAAGCACAUGGCUAGGUACCGGCGCGAGGAGAUGAAAAUACAGGUCUGGGAAAACCGGCGACGGCAAAAGGCGGAGCUGCAGAUGAAGACGACGGAGGCCAAGGCGGAGAGGAUGAAGCGGCGGGCGCAGGAGAAGACGGCGAGCAAGCUGGCCUCGGCGCAGGCGGCGGCCAGGGAGAAGCGCGCGCAGGCCGAGGCCAAGCUGAGCCGGCGCGCCGCGCGGGUCGGCGACAGGGCGGACGUGCUGAGGCGGACCGGGCACCUGCCGUCGUCGUCGUCCUCCGUGUUCUCGCUCAAGCUGCCGCUGAUGUGCAGCUGAGAGGCGAAGGCGAGCUCCUGCGCGUGCAGAUGAGCGAGGCGUGUUUCUAGGCGUCGAUACGUGACGUGGCCGAGGAAUUCUUUUUCCGUUGUCUGUGACGACCGACGGAGAUUUUUUCUGCAGAGGGGCGUGCCACGUGCGGUGUGGCACCGCCGCAGUCGACGCGGAUGCUUCGUCACUCGACGACACAAGUCCAGUCGAAUUGACGCCACGGUUGGGACGCUGCUCGCGUCCGUGUUUCAGCCGAGCGGUUUGUGAUGGCACACGACACAUAGAGCUGUAGACAGUUGUUUUUUUUUUUUCUAAAUCUGCAGAAGUCAAUAAAGAACAUAGAUUUCCAUA